CAAGUGUGCGCGGGCGACUAGGCUGCAGAGCAAGGCGCACUGGGCGCCGGUAGGCCCCGCCCUUAGGCCCGGCAGGCCCCACCCCUGUGGCGUGGCUGGGCACGGCCCGAGGCCGCCGCUGCCGCGCCAGCAGCCCUGUAGCGGCGACGACCAUGGACCGAGAACCCGUGAGCGGUGUCGAAGGAGGAGAAGCAGACGCAGCCUCGGGAACUGCGGCUGCCUCGGCGUUCAGGGACAAGGCACGGCAGAUGAGUAAUGAGAGAGGCUUUGAAAAUGUAGAACUGGGAGUUGUAGGAAAAAAGAAGAAAGUCCCAAGGAGAGUCAUCCACUUUGUUAGUGGUGAAACAAUGGAAGAAUACAGCACAGAUGAAGAUGAAGUUGACAGCCUAGAGAAGAAAGAUGUUUUGCCUACUGUUGAUCCGAGAAAACUUACCUGGGGCCCCUACUUAUGGUUUUACAUGCUUCGGGCUGCCACAUCAACCCUCUCAGUGUGUGACUUUCUUGGAGAGAAGAUUGCAUCUGUUUUGGGCAUCAGCACCCCAAAAUAUCAAUAUGCCAUUGAUGAGUAUUACCGGAUGAAGAAGGAGGAAGAAGAAGAAGAAGAGGAAAACAGGAUGUCUGAAGAAGCUGAAAGACGAUAUCAAGAACAACAGAAGCAGCUGCAAACUGAUUCCGUUGUUCAGAAAGAUCAGCCAGAAACAGUGGUUUCUGCUUCAUUUGUGAAUGUCAGUUUUGAAAUGGAGGGAGACUGUGAAGUAAUUACGGAAAGCAAACAAAACCCAGUCUCUGUCCCACCCUAGAAAUGAAAUGACUAUCAAACUUCAAAUCCUGGUGUUGUUUUUAUACCAUGACCUUUCACAUUCUCUAUUCGGUGGGACUUAAUAUAAUUAUAUUUUAAAUUAUUAAGUUAUCCAGAAUGGGAAAAUGUUUCUUUAUUCUUAGGCUCUAUCUAGCAAAAGCCAGAUCUGAAAUUUGGGUAUUUGUACUAUGCUUUUAGUGUGUCCAAUUAGUGAUUUUUUUGUUUUUAAAAAAAAGUUGAGGACACGCUAGGGCCCGUCAUCACUAACGAAGAGGUAAAAAAAAUUAUCAAGCUUGUGUUAACUUGUGUG